AGGUGCUUUUCUGGGAAGUUGAGGGAGAAGCCUGGGAGGUGAAAGGCCCAGGGACUCGGGAGAGGAGGAGGGGCCUCAAGGCCCAUCUCUCUGCCUGUUCCACCGCGGGGAGCCCCUCUCCCUGGUAACCUGGAGGCUGGCAGACACUGAAUAGCGACCCUGGCCCGCAGACUGUACCAUUCACACAUCCAGUGGGGGAAGGUGAGAGCCACAGGGCCGCGGAGGCGUUGAAACCUUCCCCCUGGGUCCCUCUGGCACCUCCGCCCCUCCGGAGGCCUCCAAGGAGACAGGCUGGAGUGAGGCCCUGGGAAGGCUCAGGCACACAGCUCCCCGCUCCUUCUCCCAACCCAGUUGCCAUCCCUACCCUCUGCAGUGUCCCCUCCCCCAAGGCAGAGCCCAAACUUCCAGACAAAGCCAGGUCUGGCAGGAGAGGGAAGGGACACGACCCACUCUGCCCAGCCUGGGUGACUGAGGGACACUGGGCACCACAGAGUCCAGGGCAGGUUGGGGUCACAGGGGGUACCGGGGCUCCUUGGGUCUCCUUUGGACAGCAAGAAGACCCUUCACCCGGCCCAGGACUGCGGAGGGCUGGCUCUGAGGAGCCAUGAGCACAGGGGGCCCCAGCCCCCUCAUGACUCCUGUCACUCCGGGGAGCCCUGUGGAGGCAGCGGACACCCUCCCCGUGCUCAUUGCCUUGGCCUGCAUCUUCCUUCUGCUGGCCUCCUGUCUGCUGUUCAUGACCCUUUGCAAGCCGGCAGCGCUGGAUCCAAGCCGCCAGGCCCGAGAGUGCAUGCCCCACCACCCGGGGAGCCCCAGUGAGCCCCAGCUCCGGCUCUGGAAGCGCCUGGGCUCCUUGCGCCGCUCCCUGCACAGCUUCCGUCGUGGCCGGCCUGUACCUCGAUGCUCCCUGCCGGACCACAACGACAACCCUGAUUGGGACUGCACAGAAUCUACCAAGAUGUGACAGGGCAUCCCCACUACCCUGGAGCUACCCUCGGACCCUCCUCCCUUGGACAUAGCCUCGCACCACAGGCUGCAGGAAGACAGUGGCCCAGGCAUCCUGUGUGCCCAGGUUCAUGGCCUUUCCCAGAGAAGGCCCUGCAAGAAUACCUUGCUCUCUGCAGACCCCCUAGCUGCUGCCUGCUGACAGACUGCUGGACCAAUUGUGGAGAACCUGUAGCCAUCUGGACCCCUGGUCCGAGGCUCUGGAGAGUACACCUGGGGUUUCCAGGGUUCCUUUCUGGCAAAUGGGCACCAACUACCUCCAGGGAGAAGGGCCCCCCACAAACCCCACUUCCCAACAGUAGCUACGCCCACCCUCCAGGGCCAAAUCCAGCUGGGAUUUCAGUGCGAGUUGCAGAAUGGCCAAAGGUUCCCUCCAGCCAAGUGGAAAUGCAGCCCACACUGGGGACAAGGUACUGUCCUGCUCUCUGGGCCAGCUCAGGGCCCGAAGCCAAAGGGAACCCAGGGACUCCUCUCGGAUUUCCCAUCAGCAUUUGCCUGGUAAUCCCUGGAGCAGCCGGCACCCUCAUGGUGGAUCAGUUGCCUGCGUGCCUGCUGAGAGGAGGGGCAAGUGAGGCUAUCCAUACUGACUACCCAAUAGCCACCCUGGCUGUCCCUCUUCAGUGCGGCACAUCGGGACGGAUCAGGAAGAGGGGAGAAUGGGUCAGGGAGCUCCCUGCAGAGGCCAGGCUAGGUGCUGUGCCAGAGUGGCAGGGUGCUCUGCCAGCCCCUGGAGGUGAUGCAACCUGAGGACAUGUAGGGGCUCCAUGCCUCACGCACGGAAGGUGGUAGCCUCCCCAAGGGUGGGGUGGUCUGGAUUUCUCCAGGACAGCUGUGGGACUUCAAACCUGGACCACACUAGGUGUCCCAUCUUUUAGGUGGUUGCUUCAUUGACGGGCUUCCUAUCAAAGUAAUCCCAUCGAGGGUAUGGGCUUCUUAGAAUCCCUAACUCUUAACCUCUCCUCACAAAGCCGGGGCUCUAUGCUGUGGUUGGGUUCUACGUUUGGAGAAGAGGCAGAAGUGGUCUGGCUGCUGGCCAGGGUCAUCUGGGCUCGGCCAGGGGGCUGCCCACCUCACCCCGCCAUGACUCAUGGUGCAGCUAGCCAGGUCUUCUCAAAGAGUGAGUUCUAGUUUGCCCAGCUCCAAAGCUGUCUCUGGCUCCCUAAUGCUGGCUGGGUAAAGCCAGAGCUCCUCAGUCUGGUGUUCAGAGGCUUCUGGGAACCGGCUCUGAACUCUCUCUCUCUCACCUUGUCUUGACCCAAGACGCCAGGCAAAUGGAAUAACCUAUCCUCUCCUGGCUGCACCUUAUGCUCCACAGGGCACCCCCUCGGUGAAGCCCUCUUUGCUCUGCAGCUGAAAGCCACCUCCUGUCUGGAGCUGCCCUACUCUUUGCACCUCUGGGGGGAGGACAGGGAUCACGUCCCCUUGGCGGUACGGGUCAGCCUUGUCCAUCCAUUUCUCCCUCCUACGAGCCUGGGACACUGUGUCCAGCCCCUCGCUCUGCCCCACCAGCUGGGGCUCGGACCCAGGAGGCUCCGUUCACUGAGCGAAGGGAGGCCUGGCCUGGGUACGUCCCCACACCCCCAAAGCCUACAGAGUCCUCUUCUUCCCUCAGAUGCCCCUAGAGAGAAGCUUUCUCUCCAAGCAGCUCUGUCGGAGAGCCGCCCCCCACCCCCCACGUACCCUCCUUCCAAGUCAGUAAUAUCAGUGCAUCGAAGGGUGAUGCUCAGACAGAAACUUACUUUCCGGAGAAUCACUAGCGCCUGCGUUUCUCCCUGAGAGACGGGCGACUCAGGGCUGCCCCAUAUUACCGACGGGGUCUAGGAUUUCAGUGUGAGUCACAUCGUGUAACAGAAACCACUGCUUUGGAGAGUGGGGCAGGCCUUCUCCUCACAGGCUGUUACCCUUUCAGCCUGUUUACCUUUUCACGGUCCCCCUUCCCACACCCCCUGAGACAUCCCAGGAGGAAUUCCUCUGGCAGACAGUCACCCAUGUCAGCCCCCGGCCGGGUGCCCUGCUUGGCCCUAGCUGUUCUCUUCCUGGAGAAGAGGUCGGGGGGCGGGGGGGGGGGGGGAGUUAGGUGGCCCUGAGGCCUGAAGGAGAAGGAAAGGCUGGGGAUGGGGAUGGGGGCUCUCAAAGGACCAGCCAUACCCCCAGGCAUGUUCCCAGGCUGGUCCCAGAAGACCCAUCUGUGAGCCAGGGUGGCAGGUAUUAGGCUGGGGGGAGGGGCUCUCCAAGCCCCCAGGGGUGGACACCCACAGGGAGAGGACCUCCUCCUCCCUCCUGCUGGAACCAGCCCCAGGCCCUUGCAAACCCCGUGGUUUUCUGGACUCUCGGUGCCUCUGGGAAUCAGCACCCUGCUCCCGUCCCACUCCCAGCCUCCCAAGCCCAGAGCCCGGCCCAGAGGACAGGCCCAGAUUUGCCGAGUUUGGCUCAGCCUCCCAGUCGGAAACCCUCGCAGCUGAUGAAGAGGGUAAUUCAUUCCUGGCCUCCCCCCCACCCAGCAACGAAGGCCCCCAGGCGUGGGGGGGAGGGUCAGGCCCCAUUCUCAGGUCCCCACCGCCCUCCCACUGAGUCUGCUCCCUUUCUUCUGCUGCCUGUUUACUUCCCCAGAGGGGAGUUUCGGCCAAGGGCCCUGUGAAAGCGGCUCUGUUUUGGGCCUCACUGGGCCCUGGCUCUCUCUACUCCCUUCUGGGAAAGUGUGACAUUGCCAUCUCCUCCUCUGGCUCAUCUGGGGAGGGGACGAGGAGGGGGCUGCAGGGAGGAAGGGAGAAGAGGGCGGCCAAGGCUUCUUUCUGUUUUGUUUUAUUUUUGGGGAGGAGCCAGAGCCGUGUCCUUGACUAUAUAACCUGGGGUCCUACUCUCCCCAGAAGGGAGGUAGGGGCCUGGGGGCCUUUCCCCCAUAGCACUGGCCACUCCCAGAGUAGCAGCUGGACCCUCUCUGGCUUCCAGGCCCUGCCCCCCCCCCCCCCGGGCCAUGGUGCCCUGGGGCCCCUGUGCUCAGGGCUGAGUGUGGCCCUGCCUGCCCCAGCCCCCCCAAGGGGCCACGGCCCCCUACCUGCACGAUGCUGUGGCCCUCAGGGAUGUCCUCAGGCACACUGGCCUCGUAGCUGCUCUGCAGAAAGAUGGGCCGGUUGUCAUUCACGUCCAGGACAGUGACAAACACGGUGGCAGUGCCAGUGCGCCGCUUGCCUACCGGGCCGUUGUCUGUGGGGGGUGAAGGGGGGCUGUCAGCAGCUGCCUGAAGGGCAGCGUUCCUGGGCACCUGCCCCGCUCACCCCAGCCACAGCCUUUACAGGGUGGCUCUUCCCCUUUUCAGAUUAGGAAUGACACUAACAAUAUCCGAUACUAUUCUAGCUCACUUAGUUGCCCAGCAGCCUGUGAGGUAGGCGCUACUAUUAUUAUUAUUAUCAUCCCCAUUUUACAGAGGAGGGAACUGAGGCAUGAAGUGGGUUGGAUGGUAGCCCCCCAAAGAUAUACGCAUGUCAAAUCCCUGGGAA